AUGAACCGAGAUCAAUGCUUUGAGCAAUCAAAAACGUUUGCCCUUUCGGAGUUCAAAUGCAUCUUCUCCGAGGCAGAAGAGCAGAUGGUGCUGCUGGUGGUGGUGCUUCUUUUGGAGGGCUUUCCCAAUUCAGAGAUUCCUCUUUGCAAACCUGAAGAAGUUGGCAGCCUCCUGGCCUUGGAGCUCCCCUUGCAAAGCCUCCACCGCCCUUUGCCGUGGCUUGGUCCACCGCGGUGCCUGCGCCGAGUCGAUCGUGCCGAGCAACAGGUUCGGGAACUUGAAGGGGGAGAGCGAGAGGACGACGACGAGGAGGAGGAGGACGCGGAGGGGCGCGACGAUCGGCUGGGAAGCAGAGACGCCAACGCGGCGGCGGCGGCGGCGUUGGCGUUGGCGGAGAAGCUUGCCCGGUCCGCGCCGUCCGCUGGGAUGUCCCUCCCCACCUGGUGGUGGUGUUUCCCUCUCCUGGGUUGGGCUCCAGCCUUGGCUUUGAGGAACCUGAACUACUCGGUGCCGGAGGAGCAAGGCGCCGGCACGGUGAUCGGCAACAUCGGCCGCGAUGCCCGGCUGCAGUCCGGGUCGAGCGGCGGAGCCUCGUCGCCUUCGCUGGAGCGUCCCCGCGGCUCCAAGGCCACUUUCCGCGUGCUGGAGAACUCGGCGCCCCACCUGCUCGACGUGGACGGCGAGAGCGGCUUGCUGUACACCAAGCAGCGGCUGGACCGCGAGGCGCUCUGCCGCCGCAGCGCCAAGUGCCAGCUCUCCCUCGAGGUCUUCGCCAACGACCAGGAGAUCUGCAUGAUCAAAGUGGAGAUCCAGGAUCUGAACGACAACGCGCCGGCUUUCCCGUCCGACCAAGUCGACCUGGACAUCUCCGAGAACGCCGCGCCGGGCACCCGCUUCCCGCUGGCCAGCGCGCACGACCCGGACGCGGCCGACAACGGCCUGCGCACUUACCUGCUCACCCGCGACGACUACGGCCUCUUCGCCCUGGACGUGAAAGCCCGAGGCGACGGCACCAAGUUCCCGGAGCUGGUGGUGCAGAAGCCGCUGGACCGCGAGGAGCAGAGCCACCACACCUUGGUGCUGACGGCCCUCGACGGCGGCGACCCGCCCCGCUCCGGCACUGUCCAGCUCAACGUGCGCUUGAUUGACUCCAACGACAACAGCCCGGUGUUUGAGGCGGCCUCCUACGUGGUGGAGCUGUCCGAGAACGUUCCCCUGGGCACUGUCCUCCUGGACCUCAACGCCACCGACGCUGACGAGGGCACCAACGGCCAGGUGCUCUAUUCCUUCAGUGGCUACACUCCCGACCGGGUGCGGGAGCUCUUCAGCAUCGACCCCCAGACGGGCUUGAUCCGGGUCAAGGGCAACCUGGACUACGAGGAGGGCAAUUUGGUGGAGAUUGACGUCCAGGCCCGGGACUUGGGUCCCAACCCCAUUCCGGCCCAUUGCAAGGUGACCGUGCACCUGUUGGACCGUAAUGACAAUGCCCCCACCAUUGGCUUCGUCUCUGUGCGCCAGGGGGCCCUGAGCGAGGCCGCCCCACCGGGCACCGUCAUUGCCCUGGUGAGGGUCACCGACCGGGACUCUGGGAAGAAUGGGCAGCUGCAGUGCCGGGUGCAAGGCAGCGAUGGCAGUGGAGGAGAUGGGGCAGUGCCCUUUACUCUAGAGGAGAACUAUGACAACCUGUAUACGGUGGUGACGGACAGGCCUUUGGACCGGGAGGUGCAGGAUGAAUACAAUGUCACCAUCUUGGCUCGGGAUGGGGGCAGCCCACCUCUGAACUCCACCAAGUCUUUCUCCGUCAGGAUCCUAGACGAGAACGACAAUCCGCCCCGUUUUAGCAAGACCCUUUAUGUGCUGCAAGUGCCUGAGAACAACAUCCCAGGAGAGUAUCUGGGAUCUGUCUUGGCCAAAGAUCCCGAUCUGGGCCAAAAUGGCACUGUCUCCUACUCCAUUCUGCCGGGACACGUGGGGGAUGUCUCUAUUUACACCUAUGUCUCGGUCAACCCGACCAAUGGGGCCAUUUACGCUUUGCGCAGCUUCAAUUACGAGCAGACCAAACAUUUUGAGUUCCACGUGUUGGCCAAAGACUCGGGCUCUCCCCACAGGGAGAGCAAUGCCACCGUCCGUGUCACUGUUCUGGAUGUCAACGACAACGCCCCCCUGAUAGUCUUGCCAGCCCUGAUCAACGACACUGCCGAACUCCAGGUUCCCCGUAAUGCUGGCGUGGGCUACCCUGUGGGCACCGUCCGGGCCAUGGAUAAUGAUUUUGGGGAAAGCGGGCGCCUGACCUAUGAGAUUGUGGAAGGCAACGAGGAACACCUCUUUGAGAUGGACCCUAUAAGUGGGGAGAUCCGCACCCUUCACCCUUACUGGGAAGAGCUGAGUCCUGUGGCCGAACUGGUGGUGAAGGUCAGUGACCACGGGAAGCCCAGUCUUUCAGCAGUAGCCAAGCUGAUUGUCCGGGCUUUGGCUGGACCUUUGCCUGAAGGCGGAGAACCCCAGGUCAAUGGGGAGCAGCACCGUCGGCCUCACUGGGACCUCUCCCUGCCCUUGAUUGUCACCCUCAGCACGGUUUCCAUCAUCCUCCUGGCUGCCAUGAUCACCAUCGCCGUGAAGUGUAAACGUGAGAACAAGGACAUCCGCACCUACAACUGCCGUAUUGCUGAGUACAGCCACCCCCAGUUGGGUGGAGGGGGCGGGGGCGGGGGCGGGGGUGGGGGCAGCGGAGGGGGCAAGGGCAAGAAGAAGAAGAUUAGCAAGAAUGACAUCAUGCUGGUGCCCAGCGAAGGGGAGGACAGCCGGGGACCCCUCAACGUCAUGAACGUGGUCAGCAGCCCGUCCUUGGCCACCUCGCCCAUGUAUUUUGACUACCAGACUCGCCUGCCUCUUAGCUCGCCCAGGUCUGAGGUGAUGUUCCUGAAACCCGCUUCCAACAGCCUGAGCGUGCCCCAAGGCCACGUGGGAUGCCACACCAGCUUCACAGGGCAAGGGACUAACGUCAGUGAGGUUCCCCCAAGCCGGAUGUCCAUAAUACAGACAGACAAUUUUCCUGCAGAGUCCAAUUACAUGGGUAGCAGGCAACCGUUUGUCCAAAGUAGCUCCACAUUCAAGGAUCCCGAACGAGCCAGCCUGAGAGACAGCGGGCACGGGGAUAGCGACCAAGCAGACAGCGACCAAGAUACUAACAAAGGCUCAUGUUGUGACAUGUCGGUGAGGGAGGCACUCAAGAUGAAAACAACUUCCACCAAAAGCCAGCCGCUUGAACAAGAACAGCAAGGGAGAGGCCAAAGACCCAUUGUUGGGAUUUGUGGACCGGCCCGCUGUAAGGAAGGAAAAUUUUCUGAACAAGAGGAAUGCAUUAACUGCACCGAUGAAUGCCGAGUGCUUGGCCAUUCUGACAGAUGUUGGAUGCCCCAGUUCCCUGCCUCUAACCAAGCAGACAACGCCGACUACCGAACAAAUCUCUUUGUGCCCACGGUGGAAGCUAAUGUCGAGACUGAGACUUACGAAACUGUGAACCCCACGGGGAAAAAGACCUUUUGUACAUUUGGGAAGGACAAGCGAGAGCACACCAUUCUCAUUGCCAACGUGAAACCUUAUCUCAAAGCCAAACGUGCCCUGAGCCCUCUCCUCCAGGAGGUCCCCUCAGCAUCAAGCAGCCCAACCAAGACCUGCGUCGAGCCUUCGACGAAAGGACCCCUGGAUGGUUGUGAAGUCAAAACGGGGGCCUUGGCUGAACCCAACAGUCAGUACCUGUCACCUAGUAAACAGUCCAGAGACGCUGCCUACAUGGCGUCUGAUCAGAUGGCCAGGGUCUUUGCCGAGGUGCAUUCCCGGGUCAGCCGAGACUCCGCUGAUAUGGACUCUGUCUUGGAACAGAUAGACCGUUCGAACAGGGAACUAGGGAGAGAGUCCGUCGACGCGGAGGAAGUGGUGCGGGAGAUCGACAAGCUUUUGCAGGACUGUCGGGCAAACGACCCCGUGGCUGUGAGAAAAUGAAGCAAAACAGAAACAAACAAACAAACAAAAAGACAGUCUGGCAUUGAUUUGCUUCUU